GGAUGAGAGACGGUGGCCGAGAGGCUCACAUCAAAAUGGCCGCAUUUUAGUCUACAGACGAUUUUUCUUUACUGUUUGCCAAUAGCCGCAUAAAGGGCCUGGCAGUGUUCCUUAAAGUGGCAAAUCUGUUUCGCUGGAAAUUUCGCUGUUGAAUAACCGGAAAAUUUUCGUGAAAUAGAAUAAACUUCGGUUUUGCAUAAUAUUUUACAUGAUGUUACGCCAUCAACAUCAUACAAUGCAAAACCAACUUCGAGAUCAUAACAGAAUGGGUGGUCCGAUGCGUCCCAUGCAGCAGGCAAAUAUGGCCCCUUUACAUCAGCCGCAGCAUCCGCUAUCGCAUCGGAAUCCACAUCAACAAAUACUGUCCAUGCCCCCCCAUCAACAACACAUUCAUCAUAUGCAACACCCUGGACCACCACAUGGAAAUCCAAGGCAACCAAUGUUGAUGGGCAUGAAUGCACAUAAUGCAAAUGGUACCAUGGUUAGUGUUAGUUUAAAAGAUCAAGCAAAUACUGUCUCUGUGACUCUACAAAAUCCAAAUGUUCAACCACCACAAUAUCAGCUACAACAAAAUAAUCAACAAACUCCUCCACCCUCUCAGCAACAUGUUCAUCAAUCGCAAAGCAUAGAACCAAAUAAACCACCUACAAAUGAUACAAAUGGAGAGUCCAGAGAUCAGAAUUCACCUACACAAAAUCACAUUAAUGUGACUGAUUCAGCUUUGGCAAACAUGAAAGAAAAAACACCGAUGUGCUUAUUAAAUGAGUUAGCACGUUUUAACAAAAUUCAGCAUCAAUAUAGGUUGACUAAUGAACAAGGACCAGCGCACAAGAAACGAUUCACGGUAACACUAAAGCUAGGACAAGAAGAGUAUGUUGCUGAAGGUUCUAGUAUAAAGAAAGCUCAACAUAGUGCUGCAACUGAAGCGUUAACAAAGACCUGGUAUCGACGCCCUUUGCCGAAACCCAGAAAGGCAAUGAGAGUUGGACAUCCAGGAAAAUGUUUCAGUGGUUCUGGAAAUUUACCACCGACUGUUGAAUUAAAUGCUUUAGCUAUGAAAAGAGGAGAACCUACUGUUUAUAGUUUCCUAUUGGCUCCAGUACCAGGAUCACAGCCAUAUCUUACACAUAAUUUAGGUCAUCUUCCUCGAAUAUUUAAUCCACGUUUUCCUACAUACAAUCGUGGUUUUCACGCGGAACCCCAAUUGUAUAUUGUAUCAUUAAAGGUAGGAGAACGUGAAUUUAUUGGAAGAGGUGUGACAGGUCAAGCAGCACGACAUAAUGCAGCGAGUAAAGCUUUAGAACAAUUGCGCCAAUUGCCAAUACCGGAAGAAGUAGCGAAUACUUGUACUACCGGUGAGAACGGUACAUUAGGUGAAACUAAAGAUCCGAUUGCUGAAUUGAAAAGCCCUGUAUCAUUGGUUUAUGAGAAAGCAUUAAAACAUGGCUUACCUGUUAGUUUUGAAGUUGUGUCAGAAAUCGGUAAACCUCAUAUUCGGACAUUCAGGACGAAGUGUACUGUUGGAGAUAAAGUUACGUUUGGAGAAGGACCUUCGAAGAAAGUGUCAAAAAGACACGCGGCAGAAUUUAUGCUAGAAGAGCUUAAUCGCCUGCCUCCAUUACCCGAAACUAUUCAAAAUCGUCCGAGGCGAAUGAAACGUAAACCCCCAGCAACAAAAAAAAAGUCACGAAAUCUGAUAAAAGAUUAUCAAGAACCGCGAUCCGAAUCCGAGGGUACGGAAGAAGUAAAUCCAGUUUCCCGAUUGGUUCAGAUACAACAAGCUAAGCGAGAGAAAGAACCUGUUUAUAAUUUGAUCGAAGAAAAAGGUGCAUCAAGACGAAGGGAAUUCGUUAUUGAAGUUACUAUGGGACAGCAUUCUGCACAAGGACUAGGCCCUAACAAGAAGUUGGCUAAAAGAGCCGCGGCAGAAGCUCUUCUAACCCAAUUAGGUUACAGUAAACCACAGCCACAGCCCACAAAGCCAUCGAUCAAAACAGGAGAAAGCGAAAACACAGAACAGAAACCUAGGAAAGUUACUUUCUUAGAAGAUGAACAAAUUAAUGAUACUCAAUCUCAUCAACCAGUAGGAGGAACUAUUGGACGUCAGUUAGUACCUGGACUUUUAUUAGUGGACGGAGGUCAGGAAUCUAAAUUAGGUAGCGGACCUAGUGUACAGAUUGUUGCUGAAGAACUACGAGGACAACAGCAACAAAACCCAGCCACUGUUUCUCCCAAAGAUCAAUUGAAAUAUCUUUCUCGGUUAUUUAACUUCAGCGUGGAGUUCAAUGAUUUUCCUAAGGGAGCAGUGAAUAAGGAAUAUCUAUCGCUCGUGACAUUAAGUACUGAUCCGCCACAAGUGUGUCAUGGAAAUGGACCGACAAGAACUGCAAGCCGUAAUCAAGCUGCAUUAAAAGCCCUGCGUACUUUAAGUAAGCUGGGUCUCGAUAAUGGAUCCAAUUCACAACCGAAAAAAGAUAAAGGUGCGUCUGGAGAUGGAAUACACAUUAGCAUUCAAGUUAAAAACAAUAUAAUGGAUGGAGCUAUUGAUAAUUGUUGAAUGAACUAUUCGGAGGGAAAAUGACUCUUCUCAAUCUAUCUCUCUGGGCCUUAUUACACGGUAACUUCAAACACAUUGAAUCACCGAUGACUCUCGGUCUUCGUAUGUUACGCCAUUGCUUCUUUAACAUAAUGGAUCGCGAAUUUUAGAGAUCAGUAGCUUUUUAUGAGGAAUCAAUCUUUUGCAGUGCCUUAAUUGCACGAGAAAAUGCUCAAGCACCAAUAAAAAUGAAUCAUUGAUAAGUAUCCAGAAAUAUUUUUCUUCCUUUUCUUUUUACAAGAAAUAGUUGAUCGCAGUCAAUCUAUUGCGAGUGUGGUAAAAAAAACGUAGGCUUUGCGUAUAUAAUCAUCUAAUGGAAUAUAUAAUUUAAAUUAUUUUUCUGCGCUUGAAAAUAUAGUAACAUCUCGAGACAAGAGGGAUUAUUGGUGCUUGAUCAAAAUUGUGAUCCUAACAGUGAUUAUCGAUUCUAUUUAUUAUAACAAUUUCAUUGAUAGGAUCACAACUGAUGAACGUAAAUUGUUUCGAUUUCGUAAUUGAAAUGGUCAUUUUCCAAAAUAUUGUGGUUUAUGAUCAUGAAAAACAUCGUAGAAACAUUAAGUGAAAAUAUUGAAAUCUGAGAUGAAAUGCGGCCAUCUCUUAAUUUCUCUAUUUAAUCCUUGGCUUUCUCAUUUCUUGCAAAUAGAAUGUCUGUUAUGUCUUAUUACCUAAUGCGAGUACGCAUGAAUCAGCGAAAUAAUUUAUGGAUCUAAAAAUAAUUUUAACAAAAUCAUCGUAUUACGUAUCAGAAUUUUUCAUCGUUUCAAAUCUUUAAUAAUGAUUUCUUCGAAACUAAAUUGAGUUCAAAGUUUUAAUGUGUUAACGUGUAUUAAGCGUCUCCAACUAAGUAAUUAAUUCUUUAUAAUUUGCGACAAAGAUACAGAUAAAUCAAUGCUUUUGAUUUGUAUCGCUUUGUUCAGUUAAUAAUGCGAUAACUGAAUAAUAAUGAUCUUAAUUAAAAUAUUAAGAAUAAAUAUAUGACAAAACACAAGAUAAAGAUUUAGAAACUGGUUGGAGACCCUUCAAGUAUAUUCGAUUAUAUUACAAGCUUUCGUUUUCGAAUUUAUAAAAUUGAAAAAAGGUAACACGAUAUAUUCAUAUUAUUGCCCCAAUUUGCUUUUCUACGGGGCCUAGAAGCACUCUGGGGUUAUAUUCGUGUUUUACAAGGUAUUGAGAAGUAAAGGACAUUCAGAUUUUCAUACAUCCGUUAUCCAGUAAACAAGAAAAAAGGAAAAAAAAAAUGAAAAAAAAAUAGAAAAAAAAAUUAAAGAUGAUUUGGAUGUAUUGGAAAUUGUAGUCAAAAUGGUAAUAAUUCAAAAUUUGUCUCGUUGCGUCACAAUUAUUAGGAAGAGGCACAAUUUGAUUUUAUCUUAAUCAAGAAACCAAUAAAACAACGUUGUCGAAUUUUGACUUAUUGCCGACGAUUUAUAACGAUACUAAAAUAAUGCUGGAGACAAAAAAGAAAAGUAUCUGAUAAUGAAUGAAGAUAAGGUCAAGAGAUAGACUAUUUAUGAACAAGGAAGAAUACGGUAUCCUGUUUCUCAAAAAAACUUAUCUUGCAUUCAUUAUCCUCAUAACAUUAUUCAAUAGGAUUUUUUGAAUGUUAAUGAACCGUAAAAAAAAAAAAAAAAAAAAAAA